AAGCUUUUACCUUGAAAAACCAUACCCGGAAGUUAGAAGUUAGCUUCUGUUGUGGCUCCGUUUUAGCGGGUGAUUUGUGUGCGUUUGUAUAGCAUCCACAGUUUCUAUAGUUUAUUUACGUUUCACUUGUUGUUUUUAUACUAAAAGCGUUUUUGAAACAGAUUGUACUUGACGUUCAUGUAGGUGUCAGUCAUUUUGCCGGCAGAACUAGAUACCUGUUAGCAAGCUAGGCUAACGUUAACGUUAAAAGCACGUUAAAUUUAGCUCUGGUUUGUAGUCCCAAAGUAAUAAAGGUAGCUUUCACAAUGUCUCUGAGCGCUGUUCACGGAACUCUGUCGAGUCUAAAAUCCUGUCAGGCUGAUAUCGGGACAGGUAUGGACAUUGUGACAGACGUGGCUAUGGACCUGGCGGAAGCUCAGGAUGACGAGAUGAACCCGGGCAUCAAAGAGAUGGAGGCCAUGAUUCUGGAGUGUGCCAAGCUGGACAGGGAGAUUAACUACUUUGUUGAUGUGGUGCAACAAGUUACAGCUGAGGUUGCCACGCAGCAGCCGGAGGCCAUGUUCAGCCUGUCUGCCAAAGUGAAGGAGCAGUUCACAGAGAGAAUAGCCCAACUCUCUGACGCUGACCUGCACACUCACCAGAAAGUAAUGGCUUUCAAGGAAAGUGUCAAAAACUCUUUCAAACAAGCUAACCAGGAGUCAGCAGAGAGCAUGGAGGAGCUCGAUGAGGACAUCGCUGUGACACAGAGUCAAGUCAACUUUACCUGCCCGCUCACACAGGUGGAAAUGGUGAACCCGGUAAAGAACAAGAAGUGUAACCACCACUAUGAUGAAGCAGCAAUCAUAAACCUGAUCAAAACAAAACAAAGCCAGCAAAAGAAAUGCCGCUGUCCUGUGGUGGGCUGUGGAAAUACAGAUGUGAAAGAGUCUGACCUCAUUCCUGACCAGAUGCUGAGGAGAAGGAUCCAGAGCUACAAGAGGCAGAACAACCGGACUUAAUAAUGAACAUUUCUAUGGAAAUAAUCAAUAGUUAAAGAAAUACAUUUUCCGGUAACAAUUUUGUACACUGAGAAUCUAGAAUGUUUAUAUUGCCAUCUACGCUUUUAUAUAAAAUGCCAUUCUUUUUUUGUACCUUGUAAUUUUUGCUGCUCCGUUGAAUCUGGAUGACAUGUUAUAAUAUUUCAUCUGGAGAACUUUCAUUGAGUGUAAAUAAAUAGUAAGAUAAUUA